UUUAGAUGUAGAUCAGCUGGGACAAUAACAACAAUAACAGCCGAUAUCGGGGUCGGAGCGGCGCUUUUAUAAAUGGACCGCGCCCGGUGUGAACACCCCACGGAACCGCGGAUGGUCUUUUAAACGAUGAGGGUUUAUUUCACCGGUUUAUUUCCUUACAUUUCCAGUUUAGUCAGACUGCUUCCUGCGUGCCCCAACAAAACGAGGGGGUUGGAGAAUUGCAGCUAAUAACCCAGCUAGCAUGCUAAUCUGCCCUAUAUUUUCAUAUUCAACAAUACCGCUUUACACUCCUCUUAACUGGCUUUCGCGUCAUUACAUGUGCUUGCAAAAUGCUUCUGGGUUACAGUGUCGGUUUGAUAUUUUUAUUUCGAUAGCCCACUGUGGUAAUGCUGCUAUAAAGUUUUACUAUCAAUUUGACUAAGCCCUUACUUAUGUGUAAGGAGAAAUACUAAUGUUUUAAAUACUUAAAUAGCUAUUUUCUCGGCUUGACCGUGUAGUUUGUUAACUUGUUUGUUGUUAAGCUAGCUUGUUAGCAGAGGUUGUGUUAGGUGCGUGUGGCCAGGCCUCACGGCUGUACUGUACUGACAGGACAGAUGACAACAAAAGAUUAGCUUGCUCCCAUGCUAGCUCGCUAACCCCCUGCGUUUAUUUCUGCCACGGCUCAUUUUCAACUCUUUAUUUUUAAUAUAUGAGCUAUAUCAGUUGUUAUGCAUUUAGCUCAGUUUUCUUUGCCAAAUUUCCUGUUUGGCAUAACAUCCUGUGUUGCUGUGUCACCACCAGCCUUAAAGUGGUGGUGAGCAGUUAGCUUAUUAUCUAGGUAAUAUUGCUAGUUAUAAUGCAUUUGUAAUUGAUUGUUUAUAAGAUGGACAAUGCAGAGAGGGGAACUUUUUUUAAGCAAUUGUAAAGCUCCCCAUAACCAAGCAAACAUUUAAGGGGUUUUAUUAUUGUUUACUAUCAAACCCAAGAGUGUGCUGAAACUCAAGUUGCAGCAUUUGAAUGUGCAAUCCUUGACGUCCAUUAAAGGGUUUUAAGUGACACACUGCAAUGUCAGAGACUCUGAUCACGGGCCACACAUCAGAGGAUCUGUUGGCUGACUUUGAGACUCUGCUGAACUCUGGGAGCAUUGACCUGGCUGAGGACCACCAGAUAGUGAUCAUCACCAGCCCCAGCAAUGAGGGACUCCACCCGAUCGCAGCCCCCACCAGCACGGGGGAGAUCCUGCUGUUUGCCACGCCACAGGGCCCCGCUGAUGUCCAGGACAAGAGGCGACCGGCCCUCGGGAGACCUCCGGUAAAGAGGAAGUUGGACCUGGAUAGUGACCAUCAGUAUUUCAGCACCACUCGCCCGUCCAUAGGCCAAGCAUCGCCCUCCACACCUGCCCCUCCGAGAGUCCCUCGAACAACGACGGAGAAGUCCCGCUAUGACACUUCGUUGAACCUGACCACCAAGCGCUUCCUGAACCUUCUGUCCCAGUCUGCUGACGGUGUGGUGGACCUGAACUGGGCCUCGCAGGUCCUCGAUGUCCAGAAGAGACGCAUCUACGACAUCACCAACGUGCUGGAGGGCAUCCAGCUCAUCUCCAAGAAGUCCAAGAACAACAUCCAGUGGCUUGGUAAUCGAGUUGAUGCGGCAGUGGUUUCCCGCCAUAAGGAGCUGCAGAGGGAGGUGUGUGAUCUCACAGAGGCUGAGGAGCAGCUGGACGACCUCAUUUCAAAAUGCAACCUACAGUUGCGACUGCUCACAGAGGACCAGCAGAACAAGAAGUUGGGCUAUGUGCGCUGCCAGGACCUGAAGAAGUCGUUUGACUCCCCGGACCAGUUGGUCAUGGUGAUCCGAGCUCCACCAGAGACCCAGAUGCAGGUUUCAGAACCCAGCCAGGACUAUACCGCCACCAUCUUUCUCCGCCAGCGCUGGACCGACGAGCGCUUGGUGUUUGAAGGCAACAAGAGCCUGAGCCUGGACGGGCGGCUGGUGGAACUCCUCUGGGUCCCCGACACCUUCAUCGUGGACUCCAAGAAGUCCUUCCUCCAUGACAUCACCGUGGAGAACAGGCUGAUACGCAUCUUCCCCAACGGGACCGUCCUUUACGCUCUGAGGUGGGAUAACGAACAAGCUUAA